AUGACGACCCUGUUGGCGCGCGACGUGUCGCACUUCGCUCCGGAUCGGUGUCCCACCGCACAGCGAUAUUUCUUAGAAGACCACGCCAUUCAAAAAUUGCCAAUGCAAGAUGCCUAUCGCAGGGACUCGGUCUCCUCCCUGCCCUCCGAACCGCCUUCGCCCAGUUUCACCCCGGGCCUCUACACACCCGCAACCACCCUGUCCUCAGACGAGGAGCUGAUCCUACCCGCAUACGACUCCCUCAAGGAAGAGGAAAUGAGCGAUGUCUCCACAGAAUCCCCCUGCUCAAUUCAGAACCCGGCAGCGGAUGACACCUCCCUGGAGGAGGAGCCCUCCAGACAUGUGGACUACCUCUCCCAUGACUGGAAGGAGGAGGAUAUCUGGUCCUCCUGGCGCUACGUGACCAGUCGAAGAAAUGACUACAGCAAUGGAGUGCGACUAGAAAAUGCGUCGUGGCGGACAUGGACCAAAGCCAAGUACAACCUCAGGACAAUAUCACCGGAGAGUCUGAACUGGCUGAAAGACUGUGAUGUGACUUGGCUCUAUGGCCCAUUAAAAAGCUCUGUGGAACGUGAAACAUCCCCCUCCCCUCCGCCCAGCCGGCUGGAGACCCCGAACUCCUACCGGGAUAAAAAACCAAUCUUAAAGAAAAAGACUGCAUCCGAGGCGAUUCUCCAGCGGUCCCUGUCACAACACACGUUACUCCAGCACGCGGGGGCUAUCCUCAAAGCCCAAGAAGCAGAGAAUGGAUGGGCACGGCCCCCUUUCCCCAGAUCCAAUACUGAUUUGGAUCAGCUGCACCACCGCACGGGCAGUUCCACGUACUCCCUCGGCGGGACAUUGACUACCUCAUCGUCUUCUGGGAUGACAUCCCCCAGUGAGCGGCGUCAUAUCCACUUUAACAAUGAAGUCGUGCAAUGCAUUGCCGUCGAAGCCAAAAGCUAUGAGGACGAAUGGCCUGCGACUUUUGAUGAAUCCUCCGACGAUGGCGUGGUCCUGAUGCGACAAAUUCCUGACCAGGACCCCCUCGGCACCCGUACUCCCCGGAACAGUUUCAGCGGGGAAGGGAAAACGAUCGCCCCCCUUCCUUCGACGACCCUCAAAUACCGCGGGGACGUUGAGCCCCGUUCCCAGCUGGAUCAGUGGUCCCAAUUAUCCCCUACGCCCUCGGUCGAGACCCUCCGACCCUCUGCCCCAGAGCCCCAAGCCAACUUCCUCCUCGACGAUGAAGAUCCCACCCUGGACUUCACCGGUAACUACCCGGAGCGUAAUUCGUGGUUUCAAGACCCGUCCAGUCGCCCGCUUCAACUGAAUGAUGGCAUGUUCAUGCCUGAAGGCGAUGAAACCUCCAACCACGGCCUUCUCGGCCGGGUCGUCGACACCGUCAACACGGCGCGAGACAUUGCGCAUGUUAUCUGGAACGUGGGCUGGCGGAGGUGA